AUGGCGUUGGACGGCAUCGUGAACGUUAAAUCCCAUUUUACCCUCGGCCUCUUCCUUGGCCUUGCCGUCAACCCCACCGACCCAACGUACACCCUUGUUGAUUCCUCCGACACCGCCUGCCUCGUGCCGUCUUUCACCGCUGAAAAUCUCGUCGUCUUCCAUGUCUACACUUUUAGUUCGUUCUUGUUCUCGAGCCUAAUUGCUUUUGGGCUCAAACAGGCUGUUAGGACACCUAGAUUCGGCGACACCCGUGUCGAGGUGAACGAUGGGACCAUUGCUCACGUCAAUUUGAGAGUUUUACGAGCUGAGAUUUUGUCGUCGGCUUUUGGGUCGGCAUCGGGAUGUUUGUUUUUGACUCUCGCGUUGGUCGAUUUAAUUCAGAUCAAGCUCGGGAAAUUGGAUUGUUGGAAUUGGUACGGUGUUGCUGCGGUUGGACCGUUGGUGGUCUUGGUGCCUUUGGCACUUGUUAUUUAUAUAUGUAUCAUAUUACAUGCGUUUACUCGUUAG